AUAUAGUUUAAUAUAUGCUCAACAAACAAGUUAAACAACCCUUCAAAGCUCUCUUGAAACUCUUUUCUAUUUCAUACCCUUUUUUCUUCACUUAAGAGCCAAAAAAAAUGGAGAGAAUUAGUACUAAUAUUAUUAAUAAGGGCCAAAAUAAGAUGCAUAGCUUGGCAAAGUUAAGAGAUGUUCAAUCUCUAAUAAAGAUGGUUAAUAUUAUCUCACUCUCUUUACUCUUCUCUUUUUUCUUUUCUAAAUCAUCUUUCUUCUCUUUUCUUCACUCUCUCAAUUUCUACCUUUCAACAUUUCCUUACCAACUUUUCACUCAUACCAUUGAUAAAAAUUGCAUCUUUCUACUAUGCAAUGGACUCUUGGUUUUUCUUGCCAAAUAUUCUGGCUUGAUCAAAACUUUGUCUUUGUCUAAUAACAAUACUCCUCAAGAUCAUGAUGGUCAUGAUCAAUCUUGUUAUUAUUCCAAGAAUAAUCAUAAUGUUUAUUCUCAUCAUCAUGAUGAUCAAUCUCAUUUGAUGUCAUCAUCAUCAUCAUCACCAACAAAAGAAGUACUUGUGGUUUUGGAGACUAUUAAGGAUGAUCAUCAUGAUCAUGAAGAUGAGAAUGUUGUCAUCAAAGAAGAGGUGAAAACUAUCUUGGAAGAUCAUAAGAAUGAAGAACAAGAAAGCGAAUUCCCCGUUUCGAAUAAUCAAAAAGAAGAAGAAGAAGAAGAAACUUCACUAGUACAAGUUCAAGAAAAAGAAGAAGAAUUUAGUUGGUCAGAAGAUGAAGAUGAUGAAGAAGAAGAAGAAUUGGGAAAUGGAAAGCUUAGCACAGAAGAACUAAACAAGAAGUUUGAUGAGUUUAUUAGAAGAAUGAAAGAAGAGUUAAGAAUUGAAGCACAACAACACUUGAUUAUGGUUUAAGUUUUUAUAUAUAUAAAUAUGUAAAAGUAGUGUAGUAAUUAAGAGUAGAUAUAUAAUCAAGUAGUCUUUUCUCUCAUAGUGUUCAUAUUUAUUAUUAUGUCUUUGUUAUGAGCUCUAGGAAUUUUCUACUUCUAGCCUUGUAAUUUUGAUGAGUAAAUUAUAAAGUUGUGUAAUUAAUGU